AUGAGAGGAAAUUUCAACAACCGUAGAAGGGACCAUGGUAACUACACCAAUGGGAAUACAUCCGCAAAUGUUAGUGGUACACCCGGGAGUGGUAAUCAACCUGGUGGAUCGAGCUCUUUCUAUGAGAGUGCUGAAACUACGAAAGCUUUUAACGAUCGUUUAGACUACUUGUUGGCGAAUAGCAUUGGGAGUGAGGUAAUUGCUACUGUCACCUCUGCUGUUAAAUACUCCGGUUUACUGGUGGCUUGUAACUUGGAAUCAUCAAAUGGUGUUGAUAUCGUUUUGAAAUACCCAAAGAUUAUUGAUACUGGGUUUGUUGACGACAUUGAAGAAUUGUCUGAGCAAUUAGGUGACACUUUGCUGAUCAAAGGUGGUGAUGUUGGUGAGCUAGAGGUGAAGGCGCCAGAUUUCACUUUGGAUGAGAAAUGGGAGCAAGCUAAGAAACAAGAAUCGGAAGAGAAAAAGGCGAAGGAUGAUCAGUCAGAAAAACGUAGUAGUGGUUUUAAAACUGAUACUGAUAUCUCUCGUGGUAAGGUUGAGGUAAAGGAACGUGAGUUACAAAAAUGGACCCCUGAUGCUGGAGAUGAGGAUUUGAACGUUUUAAGCCAGACUUUGGAAGAUUCUUCAAGCACUUGGGAUCAAUUUACCGUGAACGAAGAAAAGUUUGGUGUAAGAUCGACCUUCGAUGAGCAUUUAUAUACUACUAAGAUCAACAAGAAAGAUCCAAACUAUGAGAAGAGGUUGAAGGAAGCCGAAAGGAUCGCCAAGGAGAUUGAGUCUCAAGGUUCCUCUGGCAAUAUUCAUCUUGCUGAAGAUAGAGGUCACGUAGUCGAUGACUCAGGUUUAGAUGAGGAGGACUUGUACUCAGGAGUGGACAGAAGAGGUAACGAUUUAUUGGCGGCUUUGAAAUCCAGCUCGAAACCUUCGCCAGCUAAACCAUCUAAGUAUAUUGCUCCAACCCUGAGAAACCAGCCACACAACACUGAUCCAGCUAUUAUCUCCUCUACGACAGCCAAGAACAUUGUUGAAAAGCCUGUCGCUGCUCCUUCCAUUAUUGUCAAGGAACAACCCUCUGAACAGCAAGUUAAUCCAGCCCCUAAGGCUCUACGCUCCGAGGUGCCCGUCAAACCAGCAGCGAAGGUGCCACAAAGGAAAGAGAUUCCUCCGAAGAAGCAUGUUACUUCCAAGGAGGCCCAGAUCGAAGAGUUGAGAAAGUUUUCUCAAAAGUUCAAAGUGCCUUACGAUGUUCCUGAGGAUUUGAAAGAUAUCUUGAAGAAUUCGAGCUUGAAAAGUGACCCUUCUUUACCACCUAAACCUUCCAGAGGAAGUAAUGGAAAGCCCUCGUUACCGGCUACUCCAGUUGGUGCCAAGGCCGACUUGAAGAAAAAUCCAAAUAACUCAAAAGUCACUUCUCAAAGCCAAACACCCCUUCAUUCGCCUUCCAGUGGCAGAGUCAGCGUCUCUUCCAAAAGACGUAAUGCUGUGCCAUUUUUUGGCUCCAAGGCCCCUCAACCAGACAACAACAAGAAGGAAUUAUUCUCUAAGAACUUCAACAUGUUCACCAAAGCCAAGGAGGCCUACAAUAAAAAAGCCAAACAGCAAGAGAGCGAAAAUAAGAGCAUGGAACCAUUCUUUAUUGAAAAGCCUUAUUUCACAGCUCCUACUUGGGUCAACACCGUUGAACAAUCUUACAAGAACUUGUUUCCCGAUGAGAGAACUGCAAUUCAAAAAACCCAAAUGAACCUGCAACAACGUCAAAUGAACUCCAUGAGUGCAGCUGCGACUACAGCAGCGGCAAACCAACAGAUGGGAGUCGUCAUGGGUAAUAUGAUGAGAUUCCCUAUGGGCCCAGGUUCAUCACCAAACCCAAUGAUGAACGGAAUGGCUGGUAACAUGGGCAUGUAUAUGCCAUUUCAACCACAGCCAAUGUUUUAUCCAUCGAUGCCGCACAUGAUGUCUAUGAUGGGUGGUAGUGAAGACGGCGGUGGAAGCCCUUCACCACAAGGACUGUCUCCUCACAUUCCUCCCGCCUAUUUGAACAACGCCCCGGGUUCACCAAUGGGUGCGUACGGCUACCCAGGCAUGCCUUUCCAAACAAUGAUGGGGAAUGGAGGGAAUCCAGGAACAGGCGGUGGUAACAGCAACUAUAGACAAAACUACCACCAUGGUGGUCACAGUCAUCACAGGAACAAUCAGGACAACCAUUGA